GUUAACGUGUUAUAUGGGCGCAGACAUUACUUCAAUACUUGUGUGACAACUGGUUGUGGCUGAUGAAACUAUUCAUCUACAUCGCCAAACACAAUGAAACUAUACACUGAUCGAGGGAAUUUCAAAUCUCUGAAGGUGAUAGCAGCGCUAGAAAUCACGGGACUGCCUUAUUCAUUGACGGAAUGUGGACUGGAAGAGCGAGUGGUCCCUUACCUGUCUGGGCCGAGUUUACCUGUGCUGGAGGUCAGCCCCCAGAGGUUCCUCUUCUCACCUAACACAGCCACCAGAUACAUAUUGAACAAGAAAUCUGAUGAGGAUGAUCCUAACAUAGACAAGUGGUUGGAGUGGGAGAGUGUUCAACUCCAGCCUUACCUGGUUCGUUACCUGGUCAGUGUUUUGGUUCACAAGAAGCCGGACACCGAGUCUCUGAACAGACUGCAACAGCUGCUCAAGUUCCUGAACGCCGAACUCAAAAGUAAAUCACUGACCAAGACCAAGGACUGUGCAGCAGAUUUUGUUCUCUGGGCAUCCCUCUUCCCUGUGUUCAAAGGUGCAGCAGAAAUUAAAGGGUGGGAGGGCCAGUACUCUAACAUCAAGUCCUGGUUUAACACCAUCAACAGUCUGCCAUGUUGUCAGACAGCCCUGGAUAAAGUCAUACCUGGAGGAGACACCACAUGUUUAAAGGCCUCUCUGAACUCUCAGCCUGUUCCAUUGUUGGAGACGGAGACCAGACAAGAAGAACCAGUUCAGAAAUCAAAGCCACAGAAAGUCAAAAUGGAAAAACCUUUGGAGACACCAACACCUGAAGAGAGUCUGCUCACCAAGGAAGCUUCACCAGAGGAAAUUCAGGCUGCUAAAGAAUCAUGGCUGACUGGGAAGUCAAAAUUCCCCAAGCCGAGAGAACGAAAACACCCCAUCUUACCUAAGUCAGGGGAGAGAAAUCUUCUGAUCACCAGUGCUCUCCCUUACGUCAACAAUGUUCCUCAUCUUGGUAACAUCAUUGGUUGUGUGCUCAGUGCCGAUGUCUUCUCAAGAUAUUGUCGACUGCGAAACUACAACUGUCUGUACAUCUGUGGAACAGACGAGUACGGGACAGCGACAGAGACAAAGGCAAUCGAGGAGGGAGUCACUCCGCGGGAAAUCUGUGAUAAAUACAACAAAAUACACGCCGAAAUCUACGACUGGUUCAACAUCUCCUUUGACAAGUUCAGCCGGACCUCUAUACCAGAGCAAACAAAAAUCGCCCAGGACAUUUUCUGGAAGCUGGAGAAGAACGGCUUUAUCUCCAGGGACAGCGUGGAACAGCUGCAAUGUCAGCAGUGUUUACGGUUUCUGGCUGACCGGUUUGUGGAGGGCACCUGUCCCCUCUGUGGCUUUGACGAUGCCCGUGGUGACCAGUGUGAUGGGUGCGGUAAACUACUAAAUGCCAUUGAGCUCAAGGACCCCAAGUGUAAAGUGUGUAAAGGCAUUCCCCAGGUCAAGUCCUCAAACCACCUGUUCCUAGAUUUACCCAAGAUAGAAGAUAAGUUAAAGGCCCACCUGAAUGCUCAGUUUGACAAAGGGAUUUGGACUAACAAUGCUCGAGUCAUCACCAACUCUUGGAUUCGAGAUGGACUGAAGCCACGCUGUAUCAGCAGGGACCUCAAGUGGGGAAUACCGGUACCUCUAGAGGGGUACCAAGACAAGGUAUUCUAUGUGUGGUUUGAUGCCCCCAUUGGAUACAUCUCAGCCACCGCCUCAUACACCGACAGAUGGGAGCAAUGGUGGAAAAACCCCAAACAGGUGGAGCUGUACAAUUUCCUGGGUAAGGACAAUGUCCCCUUCCACUCAGUCAUCUUCCCCUGCUCCCUGCUGGGCGCUGACGAUAAUUUCACAGUCGUUAACCACAUGUCAGCUACAGAAUACCUGAACUAUGAGGACACCAAGUUCUCCAAGAGUCGGGGGACAGGUGUGUUUGGUCACCAAGCCAAGGACACAGGAAUCCCAGCAGAUAUAUUUAGAUUUUACCUGCUGUUUGUACGACCAGAAUCUCAGGAUAGCAGCUUCAGCUGGGAUGAUUUCCAGCUCAAAAACAAUAGUGAACUUCUGAAUAACCUCGGGAACUUCAUUAACAGGGCCCUAAUGUUUGUCAGUAACAGCUUUGGGGGUCAGAUCCAGGAGAUGACCUUGACCCCGGCCGACUUCCACCUACUUGCUCUGGUCAACCGUGAACUAGCCUCCUACAUAGACAACAUGGAGCAAAUCAAACUGAGGGACUCCAUCAGAAACAUCCUGAGUAUAUCUAGACUGGGCAAUCAGUACAUGCAGGCCAACAAGCCCUGGGUUCUGGUCAAAGGCAGCGAAUCAGACAAGCGUCGUGCGGGGACGGUGGUGAGUCUGUCAGCUAACCUGGCCACCCUGCUGUCUGUGCUGGUCCAACCCUACAUGCCGGCGGUCAGCAACACCAUACAGGGUCAGCUCAGGACCCCACCCCAGUGUAACGUCAUCUACAAGGAGUUUGUGUGUCAGCUAACACCCGGACAUAAAAUCGGAAAGCCUAGUCCGUUGUUUGAGAAAAUUGAAACCCCUAAAAUUCAGGAAUUGAAGAAGAAAUUUGAGGGGAAACCAGCUCCGCAGAAGAAUGCCUCAAAGGCAUCAUCUGGAAAUCCCGAGGAAAUACAGAAACUGACAGAUGAAGUCGCUGCACAGGGAAACCUCGUGAGGGAGCUCAAAGCCAAGAAAGCGGAGAAAGCUGUGGUCACUGAGGAGGUGGCCAAGUUACUGGCCCUGAAGAAGAAACUGGCUGAAUUAGCGGGGGAACCUGCUCCAGCAGGAGGCAAACAGAACAGCAAGCAAGCCAAAAAGGAAAGUAAAAAGCCAGAGAUGGAGUCGUCAGGGACAACAGCCAAUGGGGCGGUGGACAGCCAAGAAGUGGAGAGACUGACGGAGGCCGUCUCAAAACAGGGGUUAUUGGUUCGGGAUCUAAAAUCCCAAAAAGCAGAAAAAUCCCAAAUUGACUCGGAGGUUGCUGUGUUGCUGGAUUUGAAGAGAAAGCUGGCUGUGGCCCAGGGACAGGACCCAGAGGCCCUCACAGGGGGCAAAGGGAAGAAAGGCAAAAAGAAGUGAUCAGAGAGGCCUUCUCAAGGGGCUAAGGAAAGAAAUAAGAUGAAAAAAAAUGGUCAGAGAAGCCAUCAUAGACAAAGAGUUGUGACUACCAAGAAUUUUUAAUUUAAUUGAAUUUAUUAUGUACUGUAAUUAAAAAACAUUAAAAAAUCACUAAUGGA